AUGGGAACCAAAUUCAAAACAAUUGCUCUGUGCCUUUUGCUUUCGAAUCUGUUUUUCUCUCUUGCGCUCUCUGAUGGGCUGUUCAGAAUUGGGCUAAAAAAGCUGAAAUUGGACCAAAACAAUCGUCUCGAGUUGAAGGGAAGGGAAAAAUCGAGGGCCGAAGCCGAAGGUGUGAAUAAUGCGGACACAGAUAUUGUGGCUCUGAAAAACUAUAUGGAUGCUCAGUACUUUGGAGAGAUUGGUGUUGGGACCCCACCUCAGAAAUUCACUGUUAUUUUUGAUACGGGUAGCUCGAAUCUGUGGGUCCCAUCUUCAAAAUGCUUGUUUUCUGUUACAUGUCUCUUCCACUCUAAAUACCAGUCGAGCGAGUCGAGCACUUACAAGGCGAAUGGUUAUUGUGAUGGCGGGUGCUCGGCUAUUGCAGACUCCGGGACUUCUCUAAUUGCUGGUCCAAGCACCAUAGUUGCCAUGAUUAACCGUGAAAUAGGAGCAACUGGAAUUGUUAGCCAGGAAUGCAAGUCCGUGAUUGGCAAAUACGGACAAAAUAUUAUGGAUCUUCUCUUGGCAAAGGUAAAGCCACGAAAGAUAUGCUCCCAACUUGGGAUAUGCACGUUUGAUGGAACUCGUGGUGUGAGUGUGGGAAUCGAGAGUGUCGUGGAUGAGAAAGCAGACGGCAUGUGCCCUGCAUGUGAGAUGGCAGUUGUUUGGAUGCAAAACGAGCUGAGGCAGAACAAUACUCAAGUCCACAUUCUGAAAUAUGUCAACGAGCUUUGCGAGAAGAUGCCUAAUCCAAUGGGAGAAUCGAUUGUCGACUGUUCAAGCAUUUCAUCUAUGCCGAGUGUUUCCUUCACGAUCGGUGGGAAAGUCUUUGAUCUUUCGCCAAAUCAGUACAUACUCAAGGUGGGUGAGGGUGCCCGAGCACAAUGCGUAAGCGGUUUUACGGGUCUCGAUAUUCCUCCUCCACGUGGACCUCUUUGGAUUUUGGGAGAUAUUUUCAUGGGUCCGUAUCACACGGUGUUCGACUAUGGCAAACUGAGAGUCGGGUUUGCUAAAGCAGCUUAG